AUGAGUUCCAGGCUGCUUCCAGAGAUACAAAAAACCCUUUUCUGUAAGAAGCUCCUGGCUGCAGCGCUGUGUGUGCUGGUGGUGCUGCCGGAGCCGGGCAGUGCCAGGAGCCUGUGGAAACGCGCUCUGCUGAAAAUGACGGAGAAAUACGAUGAUUAUGAGUACCCUCUUCAUUCUCACAGCUCCCAGCAGCAGCAGAAGAGCGACCGGUGCCCGCCGCCGCCGCAGAGCCUGCCGGAGCGCGCCUGCGAGGUGCCCAGCUGCCGCUCCGACGCCGAGUGCCAGCGCCACAAGCGCUGCUGCUACAACGGCUGCAUCUACGCCUGCCUCGAGUCCGUGCAGCCCCCGCCAGUCCUGGACUGGCUGGUUCAGCCCAAGCCCCGCUGGCUGGGAGGCAAUGGGUGGCUUUUGGAUGGCCCAGAGGAAGUCUUACAAGCUGAGGCCUGCAGCACCACAGAGGACGGGGACGAGCCCCUGCACUGCCCCACGGGCUACGAGUGCCACAUCAUCAACCCGGGCAACACGGCCGAGGGCAUCCCCAACAGGGGCCAGUGCAUCAAGCUCCGGGGAAACCCAGAUGGACACAACCUGAGGCACAAGUAUUACAAGGAAUAUAUUGGGAGCAAUUCCAACAAUUUGGUUGGCUAUGUGAAAAACCAGCAGAAGCAUUUGGGCUAAUUGAAGGUGUGCCUGGCUGGACCACUCUGUCAAGGAAUGCUUUACCCAGCAGCUUUCUGGUCCCAGAUCUCCACAUCUCCAGCACCCCCUGAUCCCUGCCCAUCACUGACAGAAAAAUUCAUUAUCCAAGGAAAAUUCCAGGUUUUAACCCCACCAGGAAGGGGAGAAAUGUGAUCCCCUGAAGGAAACCACACUGCUUAUCAGCUGCCCUUCUACAAAAGAAAUGCAAACAGCUCCAAGGGAUCCCUGUAAGCCCCAGUGCCAUGAUCAGGCUGCUGACACAGAGCCAGCCCUUCGUGUGCUUGUUGUGUGACCAAUUCAGAUUUCAGGCCUGUGAACACAACCAUGUGACGUCAGAAUUCUACCUAAAUAUCAUCUCUAAGUUGCUUUAAAAUAGAUGAGACUAAAGAGGUUCUCUGGAUCAAAUCCAGUGCCUGCCUGUCUGGAACAACCCCUUUAAAGAAGCCUUUUCAUCAGCUUAAAAUUCAAAGAAAUCUGCAAAGAAACCUUCUUCCUUUCCUAUUUACAUCCAGAUAAAAACCAGGUUUGACACCCACUCUAAAUGGCUAAACCUGAAGUUUUAAGAAUUUGAGGAAGUUUAGGCUAGGAGCAAAAGCAGCUUUAUAAAUGCUUUUAGGUUACUUUCCUCUUCUCAGUCUGGUGAGCUGCAGAUUGAGAGUUAAUAAUGGAACAAAUUCCUUCCUACAAUAUCCAGGCUGACACACAAAUGCAUGCCAGGUUUUGUAAUGUGCUGCUUUUAGCCAGCACAGUUAAUACUCACAAAAUCUGGGGGUUUGUACCUGCAAAACCUCAGCUAGAGGCCUGAAGUCUGGAUAAUUGGUUAAAUGUGUUAGCAAAUCAAACCCAGGAUAAAUUUGUGUGCUGAAAAGGAUUGUCUGGCAGAUGGGCCACUGCUCCUCAGGAGUCCUGUACCUUUUGUGUUGAUUUCCCUAAAUCCUUAAAGUCUGGAUAUUU